CCAAUCAUGGCCGAAGCGGAUGAUGACGACGCGUUCUUCUUCAGUGAGGAUUGCUUGAUCCACCGCCCAGCCUGAGUGCAGAUGCGGCAACAGAUCCCAAACUCAGAGCUCCGAUUCCGACGAAAUCGCCUUGUAUCGCCACAACCGACGAUGGAUAACCCCAAAUCAAGGGCCGCCGCCGCCGACGCCGCCACUGCAGGCGGCGGAAUCUGUCCAUCAUACAAGAAAUACGAGAUCCGCCACCGACUCCCAAAUCCAAAAAUCGCCGCACUCUUAGUGAUCGACAUGCAGAACUACUUCUCCGCCAUGGCCAAACCCAUCUUCUCCAAUCUCCUCACCACCAUCCGUCUCUGCCGUGCCGCCUCCAUCCCCGUCAUCUUUACCCGCCACGCCCACGCCUCUGCUUCCGACAACCCCAUCCUUAGCGAGUGGUGGGACGGCGAUAUCAUCCUCGAUGGCUCCCCUGCCGCCGACCUCAUCCCUAAUCUCGACCGGCAGGCUACCGACGAGGUCAUUCGGAAGAACACCUACAGCGCGUUCAGGAACACGCGACUAGAAGACUGCCUAAAAGAGAAGGGCGUGGAAGAAGUGAUUGUAACAGGGGUUAUGACGAACAUCUGCUGCGAGACGACGGCGCGUGAGGCGUUCGUUAGAGGGUACAGAGUGUUCUUCUCCACCGACGCGACGGCGACGGUGGACUUGGAGCUACACGAUGCAACAUUGAAGAAUUUGGCUUAUGGGUUCGCUUACUUGGUGGAUUGGCAGAGGCUCCAAGAAAUUUCAGGUUUUCAUGGCGAGUUGAUCACGUGAUACUCAUCAAGUAUAUUGUAUAUGACAAGUUUCUAUAUAAGGAAUUUAUUUUAAUGAAACAUCAUACUUCACUUGCA